AAUCCCGACUUUUUCCCAUGCCUAGGCCGUGACCGUAUAUAUUCUAAGCCUUUGCCUAUCUUGUUGUGGUCAAAAUCGUCGUUCAAAAUAACCCAGCAUGGCAGGUGACAAUAUCUCGGCCGCGGACGAGCCGGUCAAGCCCACCCGGAUCUCUUAUUGGCGCCUUCUGUUCGACCAGGGUGUGCUCACCCAAGAAAUCCUCGACUAUCCGUGGGCUGGCUCAGGCACCGAGGAGGACCCUUACCUCGUCACCUGGAUACCCAAUGAUCCCCGAAAUCCCAUGAAUUUUCCUGCCUGGCGGAAAUGGCUGUAUACCAUCACUGUGGCCUGGGCCACGCUUGCCGUUUCCAUGGUCUCGUCCGCCUACACGGGGGGCGUCGAACAAAUCAUGGAAAGCUUCCAUGUAGGCUCCGAGGUCGCUACACUCGGGGUCUCACUCUUCGUGCUGGGCUUUGCCAUUGGACCUUUGUUCUGGGCCCCUAUGAGCGAGCUUUGGGGGCGGCAAUACCUUUUUAUCGGCAGCUACUGUGGUCUCACAGCUUUCAACGCUGGCCUCGUCGGCUCGAAGAACAUCCAAACCCUCAUCAUUCUACGCUUCCUUGCGGGCGCAUUUGGAUCAUCACCCUUGACGAACGCCGGAGGGGUGAUCGCGGAUUUGUUUCCCGCGAAGCAGCGGGGGCUGGCCAUGAGCAUUUUUGCGGCGGCGCCGUUCAUGGGCCCGACACUGGGCCCCGUAUGCGGUGGCUUCUUGGGAAUGAAUGCAGGAUGGAAAUGGGUGAUGGGCUUUUUGGCCGCCUUCUCGGGUUGUCUCUGGAUCAUCGGCAGUCUGGUCAUGCCGGAGACCUACGCACCGGUUCUAUUGCGACAACGUGCGAAGAACCUGACUAAAGUGACGGGCAAGGUACAUCAGAGCAAGAUGGAGGCGGAACGGGGCAAGGUCCCUUAUUCCACUGUCUUCAAGGCUGCCCUCUCACGUCCUUGGAUUCUUCUGUUUCGUGAGCCGAUUGUCCUCUUGCUAUCCAUUUACAUGGCGAUUAUUUAUGGGACCUUAUACAUGAUGUUUGCAGCGUUUCCCAUCGUGUAUGAGGAGCUGCGCGGUUGGAACCAAGGUGUCUCCGGCUUGGCCUUCCUGGGGAUCAUGGUGGGAAUGAAUGCGGCGGUGCUGUACAGCAUCUGGGAUAACAAGAGGUAUGUCAGGACGGAGGAGGCCCAUAAGGGGUUCGCACCCCCCGAAGCUCGUCUGCCCCCUUGCCUGAUCGCCUCCAUUGCUAUUCCUAUCGGCCUUUUUUGGUUUGCCUGGACCAAUUACCCGUCGAUCCACUUUCUAGCAAGCAUCGCUGCCGGUGUGCCAUUUGGAUUUGGCAUGGUGCUGGUCUUUCUUAGCUUGAUGAACUACCUGAUCGAUGCCUAUACCAUCUUCGCGGCCUCUGUUUUGGCAGCGAACUCGGUCUUGCGUUCCGUAUUCGGCGCAGCAUUCCCUCUUUUCACGACAUACAUGUACAACAAUCUUGGUGUCCAUUGGGCCUCCAGCAUCCCCGCAUUUCUCGCCCUGGCGUGCGUGCCCUUCCCAUUUCUGUUCUACAAGUACGGCCCAGCGAUACGUACACGAUGCAAAUAUUCCGCGCAAUCUGAGGCGUUCAUGCAGAAACUGAUGGAGCAGACGAAGGGAGACAACCUUCAGGCAGAGCCCGAAAAGGAAGCCGCUGCGGAUGAAGGAUUGCCAAACCAGCACUCGUCGGGGUCCACUCUGGGAGAGAUGAAGGUGGGCGAUCUCUCGGUUGAGCCGGCAGAGUCUGGCCGGGCACAUUCUAUCGCGUCGCAAGGCUCUCAACGUCCGGCUACUGCGAAAUCCAUUUAUGAGGGGAAUCCUUACGACAUUGACCGAGUGAACACUCGGGGAUCCUUCAAGGAAUGAGACUGACUUUGUAUAUUGCAUAUGAUUACCAUGCUAAAAUGAUCCAGCUAGAUAGAAGGUGUUGUCACCUAAAAUUCCC